AUGAGAAGAGCCCCAAAUGCUGACCCUGAAGAUGCAUCGUUUCCAUCUGCACAGUCAGCCCGACCUGUUCUGGCUCAAUUGAAGCCAUCAUGGUUCAUACCUCGAUACCUGAAAAGCUUCAGGUGGAUAGUCAUCACCCUCACAUUCUUCCUUGUCUCUUGGAUAGCUUACACGAGACUUCUUUCUCGACCACUUGAUCACAUCCUUCCCGGUCAUCAUGGCUCAUCAAAUCUCGCCGUCAAAGAUCUCAAAGCUCUCACAGUCCCUCAACGAUCCUCCAGACCAAGCGCAUCCCGUCGCAUGCGUCUCUUCAUGCCCGCAGACUCACCACACAUCAACCUCUGCAAGACCAUAAUGUCCGCCGUCGCGAUGGGAUACCCCAUGCCCAUUCUCCUAAACUGGAAGCGUGAAUAUAAUCGACCGGCGUGGCACUUUGCAGGUAGUCACAUCGCCAAGCUCGAAAGUCUCCUCGCUGCUAUUGAAACACUCCUUGAAUCGAAAAGCGACGAUGUGGGCGAGGAUGAUGUAGCGGUGUUGGUCGAUGCAUAUGAUAUGUGGUUUCAACUUCCACCUUCUGUUUUGCUAGAACGAUAUCAUCGUCUUAACGACGAAGCAGAUGCAAGGAUACGCAAGCAGUGGAAAGAUCUCAGCAUUGGCACUGACUUUCCUAUAUCACCACCUCGCCAAGACAUAAUCAUCACUACAGCAAAAGAUUGCUUUCCAGACCCUUAUUCUGGGUCUGAUCCUCACUAUGAGCAUUGGCCUGAAUCGCCCAUGCCGAAAGACAUGUAUGGACAAGACACAGACAAGGUCCCAUGGUCUUUCGAUUCAGCGCGCAAGUACAAAAAGGUCCGACCACGAUGUGUGAACAGCGGCCUUAUCAUGGGUUCUAUGGGUGGAUUGAGAGAUGCUCUCAAAAGAUCCAAAGAAAAGAUUGACGCAGUGGCCAUGAAAGGUCGUCAACUUUGGAGUGACCAGGCUCUUAUGGGAGAGGUUAUCGGAGACCAGGAGAUUUGGCGCGAGUGGAUGAGACAUGUUGGAUCUUCAUGGAAUGGAUCUGCUGCUUUCAACGACAGAAGUUCACUCGAUCGUACAGUCCGUGAUAUCGCAGAUGCGGCCCUCCUUGGAAAACGAUUCGAGUUCGGUAUCGGUCUAGACUACAACUUCACCACGGCACCACCAACAUGUUCCUCCGAAGAAGAUGGCUACUUCGUCAAUCUCUCCAACGAGACCAACAUCCGCGAAGAAUCUCAAAAAGGCGGUGUUCCAGGGGAUAUCCGCAUUCACGGCAUACCAUCCGAACUACGCAACAUGAAAGACAAACUACUCUCUUCCACAAACUGGGGUACAAUUCCCCUCUACACAGACUUCUUCUUCGGCACAACUCCAAUAGCAAUCCAUCACAACGCCUACAUAAACGGGCUUAAAGGCUUCAGGCUCAAGAACUGGUGGCACAAGAUGUGGUACCAUCCUCACCUCCGCCACCUCAUCACCCAACGUCUCCAGCAAACGCCCUCAUCUCACACACUCGCAGAGAUCGGAGAUAAGAUCGCGUAUAAAUCGCCGCAAGAAGAUAGGCUGCGCAAACCCCGUGUGUUUUCUCCCAAGGAGCCAAACUUUACGCCUAUAGACUGGGACGCCGUGUGUCAGAAGCCAGGUCACGCUGUGAAGUGGUACGAUGAGCUAUUUGGCGACGACAAAGGACCCUUGGCUGUAUAUUCGGUGAAUUGGUCAUAG